AUGACCUUGAUAAUGAAAUGUUCAUUGAUUAAGCAACCGUUUUUAAAGUUGUGUUUCUUUCUUUCUUGCCCUCAGCUGACAUUGCCAACAUUUCCUGUUGUUGUGAAGAUUGGACACGCUCAUUCGGGCAUGGGAAAGGUGCAGGUGCUAUUUAUCUAUCUUGAGGGGAAAUGGUGGAACUACUUUUUUUAAAGAAAAUGCUAUGUAAACACUGCAGGCACCAAAUUCUAUAAUGGAAGCAUCUAAAACUUCAGGGCAGUAAUUAUGCAAAUCCAUUUUGAGACCCAUGCUUAGAAGUCCAUCCGUAUGUAUUUGCUUAAUUUUAUGCAUAUGCAUACAUCCCCUGAGCAUAUAAUCCUCUUGUAAAAGUCGGUGCUUUUCAAAUUGAAAGAUGCUUCAAAGAGUAAGAACUAUUCUUAACUAAAAAUUGACAAAUUACCUAUGCCAGAAAUACUGUGCACCCGUGAUAUUUGUCCUCUGCUUUAUAUUAUUUAACCUUUUAAUGGUUUUAUAAUGAACUGGACUUACACCCUCCCAUCCAUUCAGUCACUACAUCUUCCAUCCUGUUUACCUAGUCCUUCACCUCCUGUGCCUUCCAUUUAAACCCCACUUACCUGGCUGGAAGUCUAGCCAGCACCAAACAGCUUCAGGAAGAGGAAAAGGGGGGCGUGCUCCAUCCCUUCUCUGGCAAGAGGACACAAGGCCCCUAAAUAUGCCCUAAAACUAGUACAUGAGCUACUUUCUUCAUUUUAUUAGUCACACACUCCCACACAGCCUACAGAUAUUGUAGUAGCCUUUGAAAAAAACUAAAUUCCCAGGGGAUGGGGCCACUCAAGCAACAUACCAAAUGCCAAAGACAGGAGGGAGGGACAGAUUUUCUAACUUUCUCUCCCCGCCCCUGGCCCCAGCUGUUUCCUGCUGCUAGACAUACUAUUCAGGUGGUUUAAAUGAAAAGAAAGGCAGGUAUUUGGGAUUGAAGUGGGUGGGUGAUAAAGGACUUGGACAAUAAUUCUUCUUUGGCUCAGGUUUUAAUCAAAGAUGGAGAAGUUUCUGAUUUUGUAAAAUCUAUUAUUUGAGUAUUAUAAGCCCUAAAAAUAGAACAUGAGCUACUCUCUUCGUUUUAUUAGUCACCCACUCCCACACAGCCUGACUUUUCAGUAUCAUAUUUUUACAUCUGGCGUUCACUAUCUACUCAGCAUUUUCCAUUCUAAAGGCCAACUUCUUCAAUCAAAUAUGUACACAUCCCUCAGAGUGAAGUAUUUACUAUGGGAGGUGGCGUCACAAGUGACAAAAGAUCUUGGCACUAGUCUGUUGAACCUUUUAAAGAGAAGCUAACUGAUUUAGUGAAAUCCAAGCUCUCUCACUUAAUUGGAUUAGAAUAUACUCUGAUGAACUAAGAUAGUGUACUAUACUGAUUAAACAUCCUUCUAAACCUAACCUUUUAACAUUUAGAGAAGAACAAGCAUUUUACAUUUGCUUUUGUUCCGUUUUCAAGUCUAUAUCCAAACAUCUUCCACAAAAGAAUUUGAAAUCUCAUCUCUUCUAUGCUGAAAUCUACUAAAGUGCAUAGUGAAAGACUUCAUUGUAUUCUAUUGUUGAAGGGAAAGUAAGCUGGAGAAGUCAAUAUUUUAUAUGUAAAAUUGUAUAUGUAAAUUUUAGAUGUAAGAAGAUAAUAUAAUUCUUUGAAUCAAUCUACUUUCAUACCAUUCCUCUGUUUUUAAAAUAUUUUAUCUUUGAAUUUGAAACAUUGCCAACUGGCAGGGGGUUGGACUCGAUGGCCCUUGUGGUCUCUUCCAACUCUAUGAUUCUAUUCUAUGUUCUAUGUCCUAAAUGCCACCAUUUGUUUCCUUACAGAGAGGUCCUAAUUUUUUAUUGUAUUUUCAGAUUGUCUGUAAACAUGUGCUUCUGUACCAUUCAUUGAUACUGCUGGGUCAGUUUUACAAUAAAGCAUUGCUAGAAAUUAAUUGUCUGCAUAAAGACAUAUUAGAGGGAAAAUGUGUUGUAGAUAUUUAUAUAAAUCAAUAAAUCAAUAAUAAGUAGGGAUGUUCAGUGAUGUCAUUCUCUGUCUCAGCUUAUUUCCUUGUUGUAUAAAAGUGCGGUUGUCCCUCAUAUAAAGAUGCUUGCUUUGCAGGGACACCAUUUAAGGUUGGGGUUGAGCGGGUGACAAUGAACAGCAAUAUACAGAACUGAUUUCAAGGAAUCCACUGAAAUCUGGGCAUUUUCCAAACAUCAUUUUCUGUCCUGCGAAUAAAUAAGGCGGAUGGGGACUGAAUUUUGAUAUGUUUUGUACGUUUGCAUGUUAGAUUUCACUAAGUUUAAGGGAAAAUGUUUAACAAAAAAUAAUAUAAACUUGUUAAGUAAGUUCAAGAAGUAGAGUUUUCUGUAUAAGUAAACCUAACAGUUCUAAUCUUAUUCUUUUUGUCUCCCCAUGCUAUAAAUCUUUGGCUAAUAACAGGUCAAGGUAGACAACCACUAUGAUUUUCAGGAUAUAGCCAGUGUCGUAGCACUCACUCAGACCUAUGCCACUACUGAACCCUACAUAGACUCCAAAUAUGACAUCAGGAUCCAAAAGAUAGGCAACAACUACAAAGCAUACAUGUGAGCAAACAUUCUGUUGUUUUUUCAUUUUCAGUUCCAUCAGCUGUAAAGCAGGUAACAACCAGACUUUAUGGCCUUGCAUGAAAGUUCACCAUUAUCCCAGUGUGGAAUCUACAGUGCAUCAGUAAUACUGUGAAUCAGUGAGUAAAAAAAUGGGGAUUCUUAAAAAAAGGAUAUUAAGAAAUUGAGAAAUUCAGAUUAGAAUAAUUUAUCUUUUAAAGUGAUGUGCAGUAGAAUGCAAACAAAACUUUAUAUAAUUCCUGAACAUAAAAACAAAACAGAGGGAUUCUGCACAAUAAACUAAAAAGACAGGGAUAGCUUGAAGAAACAUCCACUGGAAAUUGCCCUAGAGUUAUUUUCCAUAUUUCAAAAUAACCACAAAAUCCUAAAGGGGGGGGACAACUCUCUUUUCAAGAUUUUUUCCUUGCGAACAGACAAGCAAAUUAUUAUCUAUGAAUCACAUUGAAAGGUUACUCAGAACAGUUAUCUGUUCUGAAAAUUAUAAUGUAUAAUUCUCAAAUUACUUGCCAUAAGGCAAACCAAAUAUGUAAGAAGUUAGAUUGACACUGAACCAGGCUGUUGAUGAAAAACUCUGCAAGACUAUGCAGAACUCCUUGUUAAUCCAAAGGCAAUGUGUCUAGUUCUCUACUUUGUGUAAGGUGAUGUUACAUAAUAUAUUUUUACAAAAUGACCCACUGCCAAGUGAUUUAGGAAACAUAACUCAUAAAUUCAGUCCAUUGUCUUUAGCCAGUAUAGAAGCAAUUUCCAAGCACAUGGUUUGUAGGUGUUUUAUAAGUUUCUCUACUGAAUACCUAUCAAUAAGUGCCUAGUUGUUAUUGGCUUGUGAUGACACAAAAGUGGGUUUUCCCACUGAUGGUACUGGUGUUAUAGAAUGCACUCCCUGCUGUAAUAGGAGAAGGGCUGUCCCCAUUGGCAUUCUGCUGGCUUUUGAAGACACACCUGUUUACACAGGCAUUCCCUUGAUCUCCCGCCCCAAGUCUCCAGCUAUCAUUACUGUGUGUUUUAAUGGGAUUGUUUUAUUGAGUAUUUUAAUUAUGGCUGCUUGUAACCUGUUUAUAUACUUGUAGAACGUUUGGAAACCUAUUUCGGCACUAGAUGGUAUAUGCAUUAUUAAAUAAUCAUAAAAAUAAUACUCAGGAUGAAAGGAAACAGAUUUUAUUAGGACAUGAUGAAAGCCCAUUUCAUCAGAGGCAUGAUAAGUGAUUCUCAGUUGUCAUAUAUAUAUGCAUGUUUAAAAAGGGUAAUGUAAGGGUUGCAGGUUAUGUGACAACACCAUAACAAAUAUCAUUAGCCUUUUAGGUGUCACAAUAUAGGUACCCCACCCCCACUUACAAACAACCCAUUUUUGUGCAACCACAUUUGCACAGGCUACCGUGAAAUAUAAAUAAAUAAAUGGACUGGUCUUCCCUCGCUCGUGGAUGCUGCCUGAGCAAGGAAAGGCGGCUUUCAGUUAACCAGCCGGGCAGGAGGUGCCUUCCCCCGCCUCCACUGUGCAUCCACACACCCCAUCUGGCAGCGGUUCCGCUGGGCAUCCUUCUCAGCCCUCACCCUCCGUGGCCAGCUGCUGCUGUCAGACGCACCGGCUCCCUUCAGGGAAGCAGGCAAGCUCAGGACAGGCGGGACACAAUCUCACUUAUGUGUGGAGGUUCUGGAACGUAGCCUGUAUGUAAGUGGGGGGAUGCCUGUACUUUUGUUGGUCAGGGUCUGCAUAAGAGUAGAACAGGCAGCAAAAGGUUAGGUCCUCUUCAGGAAGUAGCCAGGGCCAAUGGGGGGGGGGAGGACACACCUUUAUCUUUAACCUUUAGUUAAAUUUAGGUAGCUACUGAAUCAUUUAGAAUAUUAUGUCCCUUUUCCCAGCCCCAAGAAGCUGUCAGAACGGCUUGCAAAAGAGUCUCACAAUACUAUAUACGGUUUCUGGACUACAGCUGCCCUCAUCGUUGACCAUUGACCAUGGAACUGAGGCUAAUGGAGUUUUAAGUCCAAUAACAUCCGGAGGGGCCACAGUCGCUGCCAUAGUUGGGUCAAACCCGGAAGAUGUCCCAUUUAGAUUUGUUGCUGAAUUUUGCCCAAAUUGGCUUUUCUGAGAGAGUUACGAUGGGAUCCAGCAGGUUAUCCUCCAUGCCGGUGGCUGGGAUCAGGGUAAUUUCGUUUUCUGCAAAACUCCUGUAGACGCAGUGAACUGCAUAAAUUGGAACCUCCCUGCUGCCCCUGGGAAUUUAUAUGGCAAGGCAGAGGCUACAAGGCUAAUGUGUAUGUUUAGAUGGGCCUGUUUCCUGUAGCAGUAUAAUUGAAAAUGAAGCAGCGUCAUAAAGAUUAUAUUUCCUGUGAACUUGGGACCAAGGUCUUUAUUGUAUAUAGACCUUGAGAGAGUUGUUAAAGGAUACUGAAGGAGUAACUAAUCUACAUUAAAUGAUCUUGAGUGUGUACCCAUUACUGUCAUCCUAUUUGGACCCUACCGUUUCAUUUCAUUCCACACUUUACAGUCUCUUUCUAUUAUUAUAGUAACACGUUGUGGAAUAAAUCACAUGCUCUAUUUCCACGGUCUGUUUAGUGCAGGCAUUCAGUUCAGUUCUCAAUGCUUUUAUUGCAUUCGUUGUCUUAGCUGCAAUGACUACAUAAUUCAGUUUGUUUCCCAUUUCUGUUUUAUUGCUUGUUUUCAUUUCAGCAAGUUCCUAAGUGCAUUGAAUAGUUCUGUCAUGUCUGUUAGCCCAGCUGAACUUGAGUCGCCUCAUCCUUCUUCUGUAGCGCAGCUUUGAUGCAUAUUUGUAAACGCCGUUCGUCUGACUUUUCGAUUCCACUACCAUUCAUAGUGAUCAUUUUAGACAUCCAUGUUAUUUUUGCAACAUGUUUUAGAAUGUUUGGUUGAAAUAGGGAGGAAGACGCUCACUCACCCUGUCCAAACACAAAGAGGAGCAAGUAGGAAGCCGUGGGAAGAGAAGAAUUUCCUAGCUAUGGAUCCUUGUAAGAGUAGCUGGAUACAAAAGCAUUAAGAACAUUGAUAAGAAUUUCUCCUCCACUAGUAAGUGCCCUGAAAAUCUACAGCCCUGCUGCUAAAUUUUAAUUAUAUGUGUUUCCAUGCCUUAUCUUUAUAAUAUUAUGCAGCAGAUGUGGAACACAGUUGUCCGGUUCUCAUGUCACAGUAAGCCAGACCAUGGCUUGAUGUGGACAUGCAGGCUCCUGUAAAGGAGAUCAUGGCUACUUUGUCCCUCUCUGGUCAAUCAUCUGCUGCACUGCACUAAGACAUGCUUUGACUUAGCAUGACAUCUGAACCUGGAGCCAUGGUUUACAUCUCCUGAACAAACCACAAUACAUAAACGAGAGCACAAACCUUUGUUAGAGCUCGAGAUUACUCUGGAGAGUUAAACCAUAAGCCUGGUCUCGGAUGUCGCACUUAAGCCAAAAUCUGGCAUACCUUAGCACAGCAGCAGAGAAGCAAAAUGGCUGUGAUUCGCUUGCACAGAGCCUGGGCUUAUGGCAUAGGGCCAUCAUUUGGUUUAUCAUGAUACACAAAUCAGGCCAGUAUGGCUUGUGUAAAUGUAGCUUUGGGAUCUUGUGUGAGUUGCAAGUGAAGCAGGGAGAUUCAGUCCAGGUUAAUAACAAGAAUAGCAACAAAAGACAUAAUAGUCAUUGCCAUUUUAUUGGAAACGUUCCAGGGAUUGGGUGCAACUGACCUCUCCUCAAAACGCAAGGGUACGUAUAGAAGGACCUCUGAAGAUGCUCUCAGAAGUUCAGAAGAACUCACGUGGGAAUAGGUUGCCCUUUAGCUGCCUAAAUGUCUAAGCUGUGUGGGAUUUUUAAGGUUAAUACCAUCACUUUCAACUGUGCUCAGAAAUGGAUCAAGAGCCAAUAAUACCAUAUAGUGAUUAAAAAAAUGAUGGUUCUUACGACCAUAUAAUGUUUUUUUUCUAAACAAUAUACCCACAGUUAAAAUUGUUCAAGUUCUACAUCAAUAUUGUCACUGUUCACAAACCAUGGCCUCCAAUACAAUGGUAGAUUUAAACAUAUUUUUGUGAGAAGUUGUUGUGUAGUUAGUUUUUCCAUUUCAUACCUGUACAUUAUUUUCAGUUAUAAUUUAUCAAGGGAAGAGGGGUGUCUAGCAGAAUAUUACAAACUGAGGGUUCGUCCAAACUUCCACUUCCCCCCAGGGAAACCCAGUCUUUAUUGCUGAAUCAGAAAUGCCUCAGAAGUAUGGGACAAGUGGAAAAUCUCUUGGACCUGUGCUUUCUAAGCAUGGGGCAAGCUGCAGUGAGGAUGAGCCCUUAGAGACAAUUUCCUUUGACUUUCACAGUUUAAUCAGGGUUAAAAAUGAACUUGGUCCAUUGACUCUAAAUCAACAUGAAACUUUUAUUACGCUUCACAAGUUCAGAUAUGUUUAGUCAAUAGCUUGAUAUUCCACAGCUGGUUUUCAUUCGUGAGUGAGCUUUUAACACAAGCACAGAAUAUCGAAGAGCCUCCACAGGAAAUAUAAGCUAUUUUAGAGUUUUAAAUCUACUAUCUAAAUAUCUACUGUUGUAAUCUUCUGUGGUGUUAUGUUGUAGCAGGUAGAGAACUCACAUUAUAGGUGACUUAUUAUAUGCCAGCUAUCAGAUAACUAGGAUAUAGUAUGGAGUCAAUCCAAAUACCACAACUCCUGCAAAUGUUUAGAGAUUCCUACAUAUGGAUAUGAAUAUAAAUGCAUCGCUGUUUCAAGGAAACACCAUGGGGUGAAAAGGAAACAAACACAGUAGGAACAAAAUUGCACUCAUGUUGGAUUUUCUCAUAUUACCUUGUCUUUCUCCAAAACCAAUAUACUAAAGGCAUAAAUUUAUGUAUUAAUACGGAAAAAACACACUGUUCUAAAUUAUAAUCUGUUCUAUAGAUUCAGACCUCACAGUGUGAUGAUGAAUAGUAAACCUCUGUAUAAAGUCACAUAAUUAUUGUUACAGAACACAAAUUAAGGGUCAAGCCCAUGUUACUAUUCUGCAUACAGCAGAGAAGUUCUCACUUUUAGCACAGCUGCACUAAGUUCAAAUUCAUAAUUUUAUUCUUUUUUAAAAAAUAUAACUUAUCUGAGUCAGGAAAGAUAGCUAUGGGUUGGUUCAGUACACAAAUAACAUUUAUUUUCAUGAGUGUCUUCUUUCCUGUACACAUCAGAUUUAAAUGCACUUAUUUAUUUGGGGAGGUAGUUGAAUAUAAUGUUUGUUUCAUGUUAAUCUUUUUGGAAGUUCCUUUGCAUGCUAUUUCGUUUUUUAAAAAACCCCAAAAGUUAGCAAUUAAUAAGCUAAUGAUAAGAACAAAGAGGUUGGUGUAAUGCUUGCUAAAACAUUUAUAUUUCUCCACAGGAGGACUUCAAUAUCUGGAAACUGGAAGACAAACACUGGAUCUGCAAUGUUGGAACAAAUUGCCAUGUCAGAUAGGUAGAUGAGUCUUGAUGCAAUAAGAAAUCAUGGAUGUGCCUAAUUGGAAUAAUAAUAAUAAUAAUAAUAAUAAUAAUAAUGGGAAUACAACUGAAUUUUUUAGAAGUGUUGUGGUUGUUGUAUGUGCAGCACCAGCAUACUUUUGCUAACGUUGCAUCUGCUCAAAGUUUGAGUGGAUGGAGAGCAGACAUUUAAGGGAGAAACUAGCCCUUUAAUAGAUUCUCUGAGAAUUCAUUAUCCAAGAGCUUCUAUCUUUCUCUAUCAGCUUUUGCUUUCCAUUGCCAUUUAUAUUCUUACUUGCAUGGAAAACACUGAAAAAAUCUUUUUUAAAACACUGAUAAACUGUUUAAAAUCAACAUCAACUUGAUACCAAUAAUGUUAAUGUGUUCCCCCACUCCAUUCACCUUGGCCCUCUUCAGUCAUUCUCUACACAUACAAUGCAUGAGUUUGAGAAAGAGGGUAAUGGAACGAGUCUCAACUUCAUGUGUCCUGCUUGCCUUCCUGACAUUCAUGUGUAUAAGCUAUGUGCACAUAAGUGUGCCUUUUGAGAUCUUCUGCAGAGAGGGUUGAAAAUUCUGCUGUCCGUGCACCCCAUUGUUAAGCUCUUGGGGGGAGAUCUUAUUCAGGUCACAAUGUUUCAGGACUUCAAGAUACUAGAUUAUCAGCUUUGAAAAAAGAAACCCAAACAUUUAGAACAGCUAGUUCAUGUUAACGGCUUAUAACAGUAGGGGUUCUAUGCUCCAAGGCCAAAAACAAGAGUUUUCAUGCAUGACUUUAUUAAAGCAAGCUUUAAAAUUUCAUAUCUGAGCUUGUAAGCUAUAACCCAGUCAAUUGCAAUUGUUGAGAUGACAGAUAAGUGAGAUGCACAUCAUAUCCUGAAAGGUGGGAAAAGGCAAUAAGGCAUAGCUUCCAGAAAACAGUAAAGUGAGAUUAUAAUUCCACAUCUCGAAGGUUUAUUAUGGGAAAUGUUGACCAAUUUAUUCCUACCCCUUUCAGAGGGCCAAACUAGAUGUUACAAAGAAGAUGUAUGGAAUAGUUUCCCAAUAUAUAUAUAUAUUUAACUGAAAUGCAGGAGAAGAGGCUGUUGAAUCCCGUUCUCCCCAGCCGUUUCUUCUCUCAACUUCAUUCCCGCCGCCUACCAGCUGCUUUCCACCACCACCAGGACAAUUAUAAACUGUAGUUUGGCCCUAGAGUGUGAGAACAAAGAAGAAGUACCCUUUUGCCAAAGUGGCAAAAAUUGGAAGUGGCCCCUUUGGUGUAUGUUAGAAAUUGUAUGCUUUGGAUCUGCAUUAGAUUGCAUCUGUCACAUGCCUGACUCCUAAAAACAACAACACUAUGCAUACAUGUUUUUACUGAGCAGCCUUUAGGCUCAAGGCAAGCCUUCCGUUCUUAAUAUUUGUUUCCAUAUGUGGCUGUUUUUUCAGCUUUAUGCAUUGUAUAUGAAAACUGACUUCAAUAAGAUCUUCUGAGUGUUUCUUUGGUUUCAUAGGAAUAGCCUUUCAAAAUAAGGUUCCUUUGUUUGGAUUGGUUUUCCUCCAGAUUUACCAUUAAAAGAAACAACCCUUCUCCUAGAUUCAAGAGACUAUAGCACUUUACAGCAAGAAUGGCUUAUAAACAAAUAAAGCCAAUUAUGACGGUCAGCACUUCUACAGAUGUUGAAUUUGACAUGCAUCCAAGAAACAACUUCAGAAAUGAAGUCAUACGAGAAAUAAGCCACUCCUUUCAUUCCACAAGAUUUCAUCAAUAAUAGUUCAGACCAUUUUUGCAAAUGUCUGUGCCUAGCUUUUUUAUUUAAAGAGAAACCAUUCUACUGGAGCAGAUUUCAAUUAGUAACAACGAUAGAUAGCAGGAUAACCAGUGUGGUGCUCUGCAGAUGUUGUUGAACAACCGUUCCCAUAAUCCUUGACCAUUGGCCAUGUUGACUGAGUCUGAUGAAAGCAAUUGUCCAACAACAUCUGGAGGACACUUCUUUGUCUGUCCUUUAAGGGUAUUCAAUUCAAGCACAUCACGUUGGUUUGGGUAAGUCUGACUUCCAAUCAAGCAGGUUUAGCAUCACAGCCAAUUUUCAGGCUGCUUACCAUGUUACACAGUGGCAAAGGCCUGUUUGACCGCAUGUACAUGCACCAGGGACCUUCAGUCAGUGCUAAUUACGGCUUCAUGUGCUGAUAUGUUAGAAAUGACCAUGCUUUGCUGUUUGCACAUGUUGUACUUUUAUGGUUCGGAAUAUAAUGCUUUAUGUUACAGUCCCAUUAAAAGAAAGCCUGACGCUGAACUGAGGGCAUUAGGAUAAGUGAAGUUGCCAGUGUGAGGGCAACUCAGAAGCACAAAAUAUCAGAUGUCUCAGAUCUGGUUCACUUAUGCAACAAUCUCCCUUAAUGAGCAAUUUGAUAAUCAGAAAUAUUUGGAGAAGGUUAUAUAAGAGCUAAUGUGGUGAUGAUUUGUAUUAGCACCAAGGCACGGUUACAAUCUAAAUUCAAACUAAUAUAGCUAGAACACUAUUGUGACAAGAUCAUGCUUUUGGUUAAAGUGAGCUUCUUUUCACAUUCCAGGUACAAGUUCUGGAUUGACAGCUGUUCAGAGAUGUUUGGAGGUUUGGACAUAUGUGCUGUAAAAGCAGUUCAUGGCAAGGAUGGGAAGGAUUAUAUUUUUGAGGUGUGGUAUAUGCUUUUCCUCUGCCAACACUUUUGUUGUUGUUGUUGUUGCUGUAAGAUAUUAAGGAAAACCUCUGCUCCUAAAGAUUACACUUGCCUUUUUUUGCAUAUUUCAGUAAAUGGCACUGCUUGUGGGAAAGCACAACUGUUUCAUGAUGUGGUGUAAGCUUGCUUCUGAAUAGGAUCAAAAUACUUGCAUUGUAUUUCCCUAAUCCUUCUGCUUUCCAUUUAAGUGAACACACCUCUACUGCUUUAGUGCAAGAUUUAUAGGCCACCUUUUCCCAAGAGAAAUCGCCCCAAAAUACAUCUUUAUAUAAAAAGGGAAAAUAAGGAUACAGUAAAAUUCUUCCUCUCCCCCCCUUAAAAAAAGUAUCCUGCAUUAUAAUUAGAUAAAACAUACUGUUGUAUGCUACUGAACAGUCGAAUGUCUGUCCCUGAUAGUUUGUGGGAUAAACAAAUGUUCUUUAAUUCAUGUAAACCACACACCACUUUGGAUUACUUAGCAAACAGGAAGAUUUCGAAGUUUGGUAAAUCCAUCUGCCCAAGGAUGCAGGCUUUGGCUUGGGUCCAAAGGUUUCUAGUGGAAGCAGAAAGACACUUUACUCACAUGAGUAGAUUUUCACAGGUCUCCUCCCAAUGCUGCACGCCAUUCCCAAGGCUCUCCCAACUCUUAGGACCAGUUUUUUCAAUGCAGCACUUGGGCUGUAGCAGGAACAAGAGGUCAGGAAAGCCAUAUUCCAUCAGCAGAAUGUUGCUAGCUUUUAUUUUAUUAAUGUGAUUUACAUAAACUUAAGGCUCAUCACAGUCAGGGUUCAGGCUGUGUUAUGGGUUGGACUGAAUGAACCUUGGUCACCCUAAUCAAGACCGUAUUAUUAUUACCGUACUUGAUCUCUCAACAGCUUUUAAUGUCAUUGACCAUGAUAUCUUCCUUUACCAGCUCUGUGAAAUGGGAAACAGGGGCACUGUUCUCCCUCCAGUUCUCUCUCCAGGAUUGGUUUCAUUGGAUAGCAUUGGACUAUUGUCUCAGAGCCCCUGGGUGUCAUGGAGUGGGGUAUCUCAGGAUACAAUCCUGUCCCUAGUGCUAUUUAACAUCUACAUGAAGCCACUGGAAGUGGUUUUGGGAGUUUUUGGUGAGGUAUCAUCAGCAAACAUAGUUUGCUGAUGAUACCCAGCUUUAUUUCUCUAUAAUGCAUGAAUUAAGAGAAGCUGUGCAAGCCUCUCCUAUGCCUAGACUUGGUGGUGGGCUGGAUAAGGGCCAGUAUCCUGACUCACUCCUGACUUUGGUUGGUGGGUUCCUUAAUCUGCACAAUUGGUCAAUGACCUACUUUGCAUGGGGUUGUUCAUUCCCAUAAACAGUAGGCUCCAUCUUAAAAUCACUUUUUCUCUGCAACAACAUUGUUGAGUAGGUUUUUAAAUUUCACCAUGAAAACUCAGGUUAAGAAAGAGACCAGUGUAGAUAAGGGAUAAGGAAUCUGCGGUGCUCUAGAUGUUACUGGACACCAGUUCCCAUCAUCUCAAGCCAGCAUGGAAAUUGGACAUGGAUGGUGGCAGUUGAGACCCAACAAUAAUAAUAAUAUAAUAAUAAUUUAUUAUUUAAACCCCGCCCAUCUGGCUGAGAUUCCCCAGCCACUCUAGGCGGCUCCCAAUCAAGUGUUAAAAACAAUACAGCGUUAAAUAUUAAAAACUUCCCUGAACAGGGCUGUCUUCAGAUGUCUUUUAAAGAUAGGAUAGCUGCUUAUUUCCUUCACAUCUGAAGGGAGGGUGUUCCACAGGGUGGGCACCACUACACUCUCUGUCUGGUUCCCUGUAACCUCACUUCUCACAAUGAAGGAUCCGCCAGAAGGCCCUUGGCACUGGAUCUUAGUGUCCGGGCUGAAUGAUGGGGUGGAGAUGCUCCUUCAGGUAUACAGGACCGAGGCUGUUUAGGGCUUUAAAGGUCAACACCAACUCUUUGAAUUGUGCUCGGAAACGUACUGGGAACCAAUGCAGAUCUCUCAGAACCGGUGUUAUGUGGUCCCGGCGGCCACUCCCAAAUUCUAGAGAGCCGCAGAUUCACCUCAGUCUGAUUUAGAUGAUUAAUAUAUAUUGCCACUUCUGGUCUGUUUUCUGUAAUAACCAUGCACAAUUGUUUUCUCUAGCUCAUAAGUGCCAUGUGAAUUGUUUGCUGUAGGGGGAUUCAGCAUGUUUUCCAUUUGCAGGCCAACAGCAUGUGCUGUUGUCCCCUUCAUUUCUUUUUCUGGUUCUGGUCUCCUAAUCUUAUGACAUGUUACUUAACCCUUUCUGUCUGCCCAGAUAUAUAUUUUUUGUACUUUUACAGUGCAUUUCUUUAUUUGUCUACCUAAAAGUGAGCUCAAUGAGGUUCAGUCAUACUUUCUUCCAAGUAGACUUACCCUCAAUUAUUUGUGUACAAGAUUACAGCUUCAGGCUUAUUAUUAUUAUUAUGCAAAUUAUCUUUUACACAAGUCUCAAGGCAAUUUACAAGCAUGCAAUAAAAACUACCAUAAGUAGAUUUAAAAGCAGUACAAAAACAACUUAAUAUGGUUUCAAAAACAACACAAAUUAGCAGCUAAGACUAUUUCUUUAAAAGAAAACACACACCAACAUUUUAGGUUGAUAUUUUGUUAUAUAUCAUUUAUGGGGGGGGGGUUGUGUAACAUAUUACUACACUAGACCAAGAUGAUUCCAUCCAAUUGUCCAGUGGCCAUAAUCUCUUGCCAAAUUAGGUUCACCUAAACCCAUGCUUAACUCUCUCUUGUAUUAUGAUUUAUGCCUCUUUUAAAAAAUGAGAGAAAAAUAAUAAUCUGAAUCUAUUCUAAUAAUUUCAUAAAGGUAGGUAUGCGGGGGCCCAAGCUAUAAAGAUAAAAACAAACCAGUUCAAGUGUCAUUCUUUCAGAUGAACUUUAAUAAUAAACUUCUAAUGAAAACUACAACAAAAAUAAACUUUUUCUUCCGGGGAAUGUUUUAUAGAAACCUUGAAGCUGCAAUUAUAUCCAAAUGAGGUAUAGAAGAUAAUACUUGACUGUUCAAAUGAUAAUUUUAGAAACCAUUAAACUUGCUGGCAGACUAGUUACAUAAUCCUAGCUGUAUUGUUUGGCAUCAAAGCUUUUGUUGGCAUGGAUAACUCAAGAGUAGUUGUGGGGCAGCAAUAGCAAAAAUAAUAAUGGUGAUCAGAACAGCUGAUAUCUCUUGUCCAUUUGUUCACCAUUAAAAAAAUCAAUUAUAAACACAAGUAAGUAGUUCAUUUUGUUAUUAGGGAUUUAUUAAGUUGGAGGAAUUAUUAUCUUACUAUCCUCAGAAGGAGAUGUGGAAAUUUUAGCCUGUAAAAGCCAGACAGGAUCAUUAUAGAUAAUUGCUGGUCUGCUGAAAUUUAUAACAGUGUCUUGAUCUUUUCUUUAAAUACAUAGGGUAGUUCUGCUGUGGUCAGAAGAAUAUUGGGAUGGUGGAGAAAUGUCAUAAUUCUGAACCUGAGCUCUAAACCACACACUUCUGUACAUACUCCUUUACAUAACACUAUUGUUCAUCCACUGUGCUGUAACUGUUCCUGGGACAUUGUGCUUGAAGCUGGACUGUAACAGCCUGGGCCAGUUACUGAGGAGAUCUGGAACUGUUCUUCUGAUCCAGCUUCUCUAUGACAUCUUCAGCCCCCAGUGCCAUAGGUCUUGAAACCAAUACAUAUUCCAGUAAGCAUUCUGUGUCCACUCCCCUACCCAGUACUUUCGCUUUAUUAAAUAAAUAAUGUUCUCUUUGGCUGGGGAGCAAAAGUUGUGAGCAUGUGGCUGCUUCUAAUGCCCCACAUAGCCACACAUAAAAAGAGCAGGUGCUGUUGCUGGAGAUUUCUCAGUGUUCAGUGUGUCCACAUAGUCAAGGACAGACUUACAUUGUCUGAUGCCACAUCAUAUCACAACCAUACCACAUCAAGGAGCCAUGCCGCAUAUUCUCCCAAAGACCAGUUGAAAUCACCCAUCCAGUUUUUCUUGCAAGAUACGUUUUUAAAAUUAUACUUUGGCUUAGUUUCCUUCCCAUGUUACAAAAGAAAAAUUGAGUGACUUCCACAAAUCUCCCCAACUUUCCUGAUGAACAAAACUGAGAUUUGGACAUAGAGAAUUUUAAAUUUUUGUAAUAAUAAUAAUAAUAAUAAUAAUAAUAAUAAUAAUAAUAAUAAUACCCUGCCCAUCUGGCUGGCUCACAGCAUAUAUCGAAAUACUCGAUUUAUUUACAAUCACCCACAGCACAAUAUGGAUAACAAUAAUGGUCUGUAACACAGCAUAAACAAAUUACUAAAAUGAUAUUUCACUGCCUAAUCAGCUUUUGUUUCUUCUAGGUUAUGGAUUGUGCAAUGCCUUUGAUUGGUGAGCAUCAGGUUGAAGACAAACAGCUUAUUACUGAGCUGGUUGUAAGCAGAAUGAACCAAAUGUUGUCUAAAACACCUGUACCAUCUCCUCAGAAACCAACUGCCACUCAGCAGCCUCAAGUAAGGAAUGCAGACACUCUUCAUAAACACAUGCAGGAUUUCAGUAGAUAAAUGUCAUGAUGAUUGAGGACCUGUUGAGCUGUUGUUAUUAGAAGGGAGUGGAUAGUAAAAAUGGAGUGUGAUUUUUGUGCUUCCUUAGAACAGAAUUUCAAGCAUCAUAUAUUUAAAAUAUCCAAGCAAGAGCUCAUCAAUAAAGUUGCGACAUUACUUUGGGCAUAUAAAUGAUAUUAAAGGUUUCUGAAUAUGUUGCAGUGGGAUAAGCUGAAUCAACAGUCUUGACUCCAGUUUGCUCCAAUGUGCUUUGUUUUCACUCACUUCUUUAAGUAAUCAUCAAAGCUGGUACAAAGGGCUCUGUGCAUCCAUGGUUUUGUGGCCAUGCUGGUUUUACUUUUAUUUUAUUUAUUUAAAAUAUUUAUAUGCUGUCUUUCCCAAGCUCAAGGCUGUCAAAAUGCUAUGAAAUACUGUGAAACUGUAAAUAAAGAUAUAACAACAAUGUAACUUAGCAACUAAAAAUAUUCCCAAGACAACUAUGCAAUCAAAUCAGCCUCCAGAAGCCACUCAAGUAGUUUGCAAACUUUAUGGAAAGCAAUAGGCUCAGUCAUUCUAGAGCCAAAGCAAACUGCAGUAAAAGCAGCAGAGUCUGAUCAGAUGAGUUUAUAAUCAGCAUAAGUAUUCAUAGCUGGUGGUCAUUUACUCCGAGGUCAAAAGAGAAAGAGCGAGCUCCUAGUUGUCCACAAUUUCUUUUUUGCACCUCUAACAUGCUCAAACUGGGAUCUGUUCUUAGAUUGUGGAAGUCAAUCUAGUAUGCUAAUAGCCAAAUAUUUUCACUUGGGAAAAAGCCCAAUAGAUGAGUUUUGUUUCCUGCUAAGACUUUAAGGGCCUUUCCUCAUGUUAUGCUUGUAAUGUGAAAACUACAGGAAUAAUUUCAGUAUAGAAAGUGAUUCGCUGCAUGGAUUGCCCCUGUCGUCUAGAAAGUUCCCAUGCCAUUGUUAGCCAUUCCAUAGUUGCCCACUGGUAUAGAAACUCUACAUGAUGGAAGUGUUCCAUAUAGCUAGUCUUCUGUGGCCACCAUGCAGAGGCUGUUUCCUGUGGCCUCCAUAUUUUGUAAAUGUGUCAUGGAGACUGGACCUGACAGAACCUCCCAUCAGGUUUAGUUUACUACUGAACCAAAAGAAAGAAAAAGGUUAGUUACUGACUUUGGUUUGAUGUUCUUGCUGUUGUCCAUCUGAAUCUAUCUGUUUUGCAUGCAUUUCAUUUCAGCAAGCACAUCUAAUAUGAAGGGACUCGGUUAACUCUUGCUCCUGGUUUGUGAUUCAGAACUUCAGUUGAGACGAUGAGCAAUAGUCUGUGUUUUUGUGUCUUAUUUUGCUUUGAUUUCAGCCAUUGACUGUUUUGGGGUAUCACAGAAACAUCUGGGAUCACAGUUUAUUGAUUCCUAAGCCUAGCUUAGGUUGAGCCAGAAAAGGUAGAGCUAUCUUGCCAUAUCGUUGCUGUGACGUUUCAGAAUAUGCAAGCAACUGAUGACCACAUACCAUCAAUCAAUCAAUCAAUCAAUCAGUCAAUCAAUCAAUCCCCUUUUCAUUCCUUCCUCAUGUUAGCCAUCACCUCUCAUCGUGAUCAGGUCUGGAGGGUGGGGAUAAAUUUGAAAGAGAAUUAACUCCUGGAAGAUACCACCCUAGUGCAGAGUGAUUCGACUGUAGACCAUAGUUCUGUGAAUAUAAGUGUCUGUGCCACUUUUCGGGGGGGGGGAGCUUCAAAGAAGCAAUGGAAAAAUAAAUUGUGCUUAUGGUAGCUGCUAGGGACGCGGGUGGCGCUGUGGGUUAAACCACAAAGCCUAGGACUUGCUGAUCAGAAGGUCAGCGGUUCGAAUCCCCGCGACGGGGUGGGCUCCUGUUGCUCGGUCCCUGCUCCUGCCAACCUAGCAGUUCGAAAGCACGUCAAAGUGCAAGUAGAUAAAUAGGUACCGCUCCGGCAGGAAGGUAAACGGCAUUUCCGUGUGCUGCUCUGGUUCGCCAGAAGCGGCUUAGUCAUGCUGGCCACAUGACCCGGAAGCUGUACGCCGGCUCCCUCGGCCAAUAAAGCGAGAUGAGCACCGCAACUCCAGAGUCCGUCACGACUGGACCUAAUGGUCAGGGGUCCCUUUACCUUUAUGGUAGCUGCUAAAUGGCAGUAAUUGGACUGAAGUGAUAUGAUGCAAGUUUCAAAGAUAAACAAGCAAGCAAAAAAACUAUUUAUAUUCUCAAAAGGGGCCCACAUCAGUUAAACAAUUGAAAAACUAAGUUUGUGGUGCACCUCAAAUCAGCUUGUUCUUGGAGGAUAGUGACUAAUUUUUGUUUUAAAUUUUGUCAUGUUCUCCGAGUAAAAAAUAAUGCAAUUCCACAGAACCACGUGGUAAUGCUUCUAUUUUGUACUGUACCACUUGAAAGGCAACACAAAAUUAUUUCAGUCUCAUCUAACCACAUACAGUGACUAAACUUCAUUGUAAAGCGGUUUUAAAAGAAUAGCCACAUAAACCAAAAUAGAGAAAUUACUUUCUUCUAUAAAAACAUUUUUCACAUUUAGAUCAAACUAUGCUAUGCUGUGUAAAUAGUUACUUGUUGCUGUUGUUGAAGAUGAGAUCAUUUUCCAGAAAAGAUCAGCAGACAAAAAGAUCAGCACAUUUAUAUUUCCUCUGCAGGUAGAAAAUGAGGAUGGGUGGGAAUUAAAACUAUUUUUAAUUCUUAAGGAGGCAAAUUCCUGCCAUGUUGUGCAAUGCUGAUAUUCAUCUACAGAAUUUCAUUUUCUGAUUUUCAGUACACGAAAGUGAAUGGAGGUCAACAGCAGAUUCUGAAUUUCUCUAAGGGCUCUAAAAUUAUAUAGAUACUCUUAAGUGAUUGUGAGGGUUAACUAUUUGUUUUCUUAAGAGCAUAAUACAAGCUAAUAGAUUUUGGUGCAUUCUUUUAGUACUUUAUGAUGCAACUGAGGAUACAGUAGCCCUUAAACAUACUAUAGUACAUCAGUCUGUCACUACUGGCACACUGGGUCACUGCAUCUGGCUGUUAACCAGAAGGUUGCUGGUUCAAGCCCACCAGGAAUGGUUGCAGGCAGGAUUCCCUGCAUUGCUGAGGGUUGGACUAGAUGAUCACCAGCGUCCCCUCCAACUCUGCAUUUCUAUGAUUCUACAGUCAUACUCUUUAGUACUUUAAGCAUGAAUUCUGUUUUGUGGGAUUUCAAGUUACACAAUCUGAAAGCCAAAGCCCACGGGGGCUCAAGUUCUCAUUCAAAAGCAUCUCUUUUAUUUUUAACCUGUGUAUCUAUGUAGCUCUUUCAUUGUAUCAAUCAGCUCUCAGCACUAACAAGAACACAGUUUAGCGGCAAUCUCUGUUGCCUACAAUCCUGUCGCUUCCUGAAAAACUAGUCAUCAACUGCGGUUCAGGCAGGUGGCGUAUCAGCCCCAUCACCAUUCUGAGAAGAAAACCUGUCCUCUUGUACUGGUAGGAGAAGCCUCCAGGCUAAAAACUAUUCUGAGUCUCAUUUCUGAAAACACCUUUUGUUUUAAGAACCUUCAGAUUUUAGCGCCAUCUCGUGGAAAUCCUGCUUUGAACAAGAGUCCUUUUGAGCUAGUUUAUUGAGGGCUAUAGAAUACAUUUCCAAACUGAAUGAGCCAGAAAGAAAUUUUUGUUUCUGCUUAUUCUGCUAGCUUUGAUGGAGUGCUUACGGGCCAUUAUCCAGUGCCUAUGGUGUGGUUAAACUGAUCUAAGCUGAAUCAAUGAAAUCAUAAACAAUGACUGAUUAAUAAUAAUAAUAAUAAUAAUAAUAAUAAUAAUUUAUUAUUCAAACUGAGCUGUUUGUGUCAGUCUGGGAUCCUGACCUUAAACAUUUGCAUAAGCCAACCUAUGCACUGGGUUUUAUUAACUGUGCUUAGAAUUUAUUAGAAAACAGAUCAUGUCCUAAUUUUCUACAGAACAAUUUUGCUCUUGUAUUUGUCAUUUGUCUGAGCUCCUCUGCUAAGGUCUCAGAGCCUGUCAUUAGGAUGCUGGAACUAGAACAAGAAAUAAUAAUGCCUCCAUGCAAGCAGGAAGCCUCUCUGUGUUUUUUUUUUUGUGUGUGUGUGUGUGUGUGUGUUUUUGUGCUGUUUCAAGCCUAGCAGUGAGAUUUCCCCCUGACCAAACACCUGCAUCUGAGAGUUUUGUAGUCCAAGGAUCAAUGCUCUUCCAUGGGAUCCCAAAGGAGUCACAGUGGCUGAGCCAAAAGUUCCCUUCCCAUUUUCAUAGUGAGGAAAGGGAUAGUGACAGCUGCAUUGAAAAUAUUGCAAAAGGUUUGCAAUAAGAGACAGAGCUAACCACAUUAGUAGAAAUUGUGUGUUCCAGAGAUUGCCAAUUACUUCCAAUCUGGGUUUUACUUUUCCUGGCUUCUCCAUACUUCCACAUCAGAAUAGGUUUGUAAAGUGCCACUUUAUACAUGCCAGGUGCCCUUUGCAUAGUGUUGGGGAAAUAUGUGCAAGGGUGAUGUCUUCUAUUUCCAGUGUAGGAGGUACUGCCUUGUUUUAGCCUAGGGCCACCUGCUUGUGGAGAGUGAAUGAUGACAGUCUCAAAACAACUAGAUUGAGGGAAUCCAGCACACACACACACACACACUCUGCAGGUGCUGACAGUAGGAUACAGGAGAUUUACAGACAUGGUUAUUGCAAGCACACCUGCUGACUCAGUGCACCAGCAGAUGGAGCUGUUGUUACAUGACAGCAAGAUAUAUAGCUUAGUUCUUGGGGGCCUGUUUUUUCAUUUUGCUUGUUUGCAGCUGAACUUUAUGAAUAAUGAAAAGCACUUCUCAAGAACUAGGAGAUCUGUUUCUUCACUGUUUAAAAGAAACCAUAUAACAAUAAUCUUGUAAAUGAACAUUUAUCCUCUGCAACAUGCAUGCAGACCAUGAGACCCUUUUAAAGACAUGAUCUCUGUAGCAUAACCUCUAUGUUGCCAAUACCAAAAACAUCCCAAGGAAAGGCACAGGAAAAUUCUAACGGAGCUCUUCUGCUUCGAAAAGAACUGCUGAGCAGAAAGAUAGAAGACCGAAAGAUGCUAACAAUAACCAAUGAUUUCCCAUUACACAUAAUACUGGUAUCAUAAGCAGUGGUACCUUGGUUCUCAAACGGUUUGCGAAUGUUUUUCUGAAGCUGAACAUCUGAUGCGGCUUCCGCUUGAGUGCAGGAAGCUCCUGCAGCCAAUUGGAAGCCGCGCCUUAGUUUUUGAAUGGUUUCGGGAGGCGAACAGACUCCCAGAAUGGAUUACGUUUGAGAACCAAGGUGCCACUGUACACAUGAUACUAGUAUUCAGGUGGCUGGGUGCUCACUGGAGCAAGAUGGUUUGAGCAUUUAAUGCCAAUUCUGGCCCAGCUGCACAGGCUGCCAGUUAGUUUCUAAGCGCAAUUCAAAAUGCUAGUUUUGACCUAUAAAGCCUUAAACAGCUCAGGACCGCAGUACCUCAAGGACUGCCUUUCCCCAUAUGAAUGGACCCUGGCCCUGCAGUCAUUCUUCAUGUGCCUCGUCUUCAGGAGGGCAGCAAAAUGACAACGGGUCUUUUCUGUGGUGGCUCCCCGCUUGUGGAGUGCUCUCCCCAGGGAGGCCUGCUUGGCGCCUUCAUUACAUAUCUUCUAAGUGCCAGACGAAAACAUUCCUCUUUCCCAGACCUUUGGCUAAUUAAACAACCUCUGGCCUUUUAAAAUGUGGCAGAGUUGUUGUUUCUGUUUGUUACUAUGGUGUGUAUUUUGGUGUUUUUAUUAUUGUAAACUGUCCUGUGAUCCUCGGAUGAAGGACGGUAUAGAAAUUUAAUAAAUAGAUAAAUAACAUACAGAUGAACAAAAAAAAAAAAUUACCGUAUUUUUUGCACCAUAACACUCACUUUUUUCCUCCUAGAAAGUAAGGGGAAAUGUCUGUGCGUGUUAUGGAGGGAAUGCCUACAGGUGGCAUGCCUACGGAUUUUCCUUCUCUAAAAACUACGUGCGUGUUAUGGUCGGGUGCGUGUUAUAGAGCGAAAAAUACGGUAUCCAAAAAAUUGCAUGCACACUUCACACGAAAGCUUAUACCAAGAGCAAACUUAGUUGGUCUCUAAGGUGCUACUGGACAAUUAUUUUAUAUAUUUCGACUGCGUCAGACCAACACAACUACCUACCUGAAUACAGAUGAACAGUCAGUUGUUCGGAAAAGAAGCAAUGCAUCUUAAUAGUAUUGAGAGAUAUCAAUUAGACAGGCUGUUUGGCAAUUUCCUUGGAAUGUUGAAAGCUAAGAAUGGAAGAGAAGGCAUGAAAUAGUCCCAUUUGCUGUUUAAGCCUUAUGAUCCUUAAGCCUCAGGAAUGUAAGAGUGGAUGCCAUGCUAACUGAAGCACAAUCCUAGGUUCAGCUAGAAGGCUGAAGAUUGUUGGCAUUGCCUUCUUUCCCGAGCAAACCUUGUUGUUUCUUCUUUCUAGUAUUUAUGGUUCAGGCAGCUUCUUGCACUGGCCUCUGUGACUCCCAUGCAGAAUGGGAUUCUGCUUAUUCUGUGGACUCUUCCUACUUCGGCACCAGCAUAGGUACCUUAAACUAAACCCUUUGAACAGUGCCUUAGCACUCUUAACAGCACGGGCUAUUAGGCAAACCUCACAGCAGAGAAUAUGGGCAGCUUCAGUUGCUGUAAUUAUUUGAAAGUGCUUGGCUUCACACAAAGUAUUGCAGCUAUUGAUAUUCAAGGGCUAGGUUGGGCAGACUUUCUGCAAAUGUCAAGCGUACGUACAGACAGUAGCGUAGCGUGGGGGGUGCAGGGGGGGCCGGCCACACCAGGCGCAACAUCUGGGGGGGCGCGCUCGCACUCGCAGCUCUCUGCCCCUACCUGGCAGAGUAGCCUACCACAGGUUAGGGGGCGCAAAUUACUUGCCUUGCCCCGGGUGCUGACAACCCAUGCUACGCCACUGCGUACAGAAUGCAUAAUUAAGAAGCUGAUGGCAUUUAAAUGUAAUGAUGAACAACUUCACUCAGGUCAGAUCAGGGAGCCAAUUUUUUUUAAGGAUUAUCUUGCUCAUGUUAGUCUGGGCAUGCAAACACUGCAUUUAGAAUAUAUUUUGUCUGGUCUCUUCUUCAUAAUGUGCUGAACAAGCAUACAUUUCAGAAGGCGUAAUAUAGAACCUGCAUUGCCCCUGUUACGCAUGUUCCCUUUUAGGGCAUACAGGACUCCUGUUGGUUCUCAGCUAAGUACUGGAUCUCUUGAGGUUUUUUUAUCCACCAGGCGUUUUUUAGUUCUCUGGUUCCUCUUUGAACCUCAGCCUUAGCGUUGGCAUAGGUUUUUUUCUUAGUGGCACAGUUUCUAUCUCUUUACCAGAUCUGAAAGGCCUUCCUUUUCUUGCCAAUCAUGCAUUCAAUCUCACUGUCAUUCUCAUCAAACCAGUCCUGGUGUUUCUUGGUUUGGUAUCCAAUAGUUUGUUCACAGGCUGCAAUAAUGGAUGUUUUUAGCUUAGUCCAGUGUUCCUUGAUGUUAUCAGGGAAUUCUGAACGCAGAUGGUCCUUAAGAGUCAUUUGAAAGCAAUCCCGCUUAAUGGGAUCUUGAAGGGCUUGAGUGUUCAUUUUGCACCUUGGUUUCCUUCCUUGGAGCCUGUGUUGAGGUAUAAUCUUGAUAGCCAUCUGGAGUGUAUUAGUCGGUGAUCUGUCCAGCACUCGUCGGCACUCAUCAUAGUACCACACUUCUAAAAGAUAAAGAAGCUAUUGCACUGCGCUGGAAAGAACAUUACCAACAUCUCCUUAACCGCAACUCCCCCGUAGCUGCUGAGGCCCUCUCACAAAUUCCGCAAAAACAAGUUAGAGAUUAGCUUGCAGUAUCUCCAAAUCUGGGAGAGUUGUAUACAGCUAUUAACCAAAUGAAAAACAACAAAGCCAGAGGACCUGAUGGGAUACCUGCCCAAGUCUUCAAAGUGCGUGGAAUAUAACUUACACAACAACUUCACAAGCUCAUCGAAAAAAUCUGGGAGAGAGAAGAGAUCCCAGCAGACUUUAGGGCUGCCAAAAUUAUCAAUCUCUUUUAUAAAGGUGAUAGAACUGAGUGCAUGAACUAUCGAGGCAUCUCUCUAUUAGCUGCGGCUGGCAAAAUUCUUGCAAGGAUGUUAGCAAACCGUCUCAAUAUCUGAGGUGACCCUUCCUGAAUCCCAGAAUGGUUUUUGGCCCUCUAGGGGGACAGUGGACAUGAUUUUCACUGCUCGACAGCUUCAAGAAAAAUGCAGAGAACAAAACCAACCCCUGUAUAUGGCAUUUAUUGACCCAGCUAAGGCUUUCAACACUGUAAAUUGUAAUGCCCUGUGGACUGUCCUUCUGAAAAAAAGCUGUCCAGACAAAUUUGUGAACAUCAUUCGGCUCCUCCAUGAUAAUAUGACAGCAACAAUCGCAGCUAACAAUGGCUCUCAAAGUGAACUAUUCACAGUGGGAUAAAGUGUUAAACACGGUUGUGUUAUUACCCCAACUCUAUUCAUUAUUUUCAUUGCCAUGAUCCUACACUUUGUCAAAGGGAAACUCCCCACUGGAGUAGAAAUCAUAUAUCGAACAGAUGGAAAGCUCUUCAAUCUGAGCAGGCUGAAAGCAAAGAGUAAGGUUACCCUAACUUCCGUCAUAGAGCUUCAGUAUGCUGAUGACAACGUAGUGUGCGCAUGCUCAGAGGAUGACCUCCAAACCAUCCUAAAUAUCUUUGCAGAAGCUUACGAAAAGCUUGGCCUGUCGCUCAACAUCCAAAAAACCAAAGUGCUGCACCAACAAGUACAAAAUAAACCCUCAGCAGUGGCACAAGUCCAACUCAGUGGAGUAACGUUGGAAAAUGUCGAUCACUUCUCCUACCUGGGCAGUUAUCUUUCCACAAGGGCCAACAUUGAUGCCGAAAUCCAGCAUCGCCUGAGCUCUGUGAGUGCGGCUUUCUCCCAAUUGAAGUGCAGAGUGUUUGAGGACCAGGACAUUUGCAGGGAAACUAAAAUGCUUGUUUACAAAGCUGUUGUACUACCAACCUUACUAUAUGCUUGUGAAACAUGGACCACUUAUAAACACCAUCUCCAACUCCUGAAAGAAUCUAUCAAUGUUGUCUCUGAAAAUUUUUACACAUCACUUGGGAAGACAGGCAAACUAAUACCAGUGUAUUGGAAGAAGCAAAGAUCACCAGUGCUGAAGCAAUGAUUCUUCAGCAUCAACUUCAUUGGACUGGUCAUGUUGUGCAAAUGUCUCAUUAUCGUAUUCCAAAGCAACUACUCUAUUCCAAACUUAAAAAAUGGAAAGUGUAAUGCUGGUGGUCAACAAAAGAGGUUUAAAGACUGUCUCAAGGCAAAUCUUUAAAAAUGUAGUAUAAACACCAACAAUUGGGAAACACUGGCCUGUGAGCGCUCCAAUUGGAGAACAGCCUUUACCAAAGGUGUCAUGAGCUUUGAAGAAACCCAAACUCAGGACGCAAGGGAGAAACGUGCUAAGAGGAAGGCACGCUUGGCAAAUCCACACUGUGAUCAACUCCCGCCCGGGAACCAAUGUCCCCACUGUGGAAGGACGUGUGGAUCCAGAAUUGGCCUCCACAGUCACUUACGGACUCAUUCUUAAAACUGUGUUUAUGGAAGACAAUCUUACUCAGGUACUAGUGAUCACCAAAGAAGAAGACUUUAAUUUGUAAAACAAGCAUGCUAUUUUCAGCACGAGAAUUUUUUUGAGUUGCAUGAAUUUCCAUGACUAUGACAUCUGUCUAAUUGAUCAUCAUGAAUCAGAACCAAUGGGUUCCCACUAUCCCUCAGGCAUGGCAGGCACUUGGCUGCAGAACCAUUAACUUGGAAGCCUUUUGGCCACUGCUGAUGCAACCUAACUGACUGGCUGCAAAGCACAUGUGUUUCUUUUGGUUUGGCCUUCAUCAGCAAGUGUGCUGUGUCUGUGUGAUUGGCCUAAGAUGUCUGCAACUUCUGAUGGCUAUUUGAUAAAUAAGGGCUCUAUGCCUGAUACAAGCAGGGAACUGGAGUUACUAAUUAGCGGGCAGCAAGUGCAUCCGUAGGAAAGUGUGCAAGGGCUAUUAAGGUUUCAAAAUGCUUAAACAAAGCAUGUAUUUGAGGAAAUGCAGUGACCAGGAAGUAUGAGCUCGCAUGCUGGGAAGCCUAAUUUAAGGCAAAGGCAUUUCCUUUUAGGUGGACUAUAUUAAACUUCGAUUGUAAAUCUGUUGGUUUGGUAAAUAUUUUAAACUUGAGAUAUUAAUUACAGUUGGGAACGUUUGAGAAAUUUAAACAGCCCCUUCAUUUUCCCUUUCUGGCAACUUCAAAUGCCUCAAUAUCAUUUUCUUCAGCUCCAUGGAAACAUUGUGUUCAGGAAGUCUACCCACAUAAGUGGACAUCGUCUGGCAGAAGAGAUUGUGACAAACCCUGAACCAGAAUAGGUUUAAGUCCCUGUGUGCAGCAGCCAACAAUCGUUAAUCUAGGCUGCAUCAACAGAAGUAUAGUGUGCCGAUCAAGGGAAGUAAUAGUACCACACCUGGAAUCUGUGUCCAGUUCUGGGCCCCACAGUUUAAGAAUGAUAUUGACAAACUGGAACAUGUUCAGAGGAGGGCAACCAAGAUGAUCAAGAAUCUGGAAACCUUAGGAGGAACAGUUGAAGGAGCUGGGUCUGUUUAUCCUGGAAAAGAGGAAACUGGGAGGAGAUAUGAUAGCUAUCUUCAAAUAUCUAAAGGGCUGUCACAUGGAAGAAGGAGCAAUCUUGUUUUCUCCUGCUCUGAAGGGCAAGACCUGAUGGUUUUGAUUCCGCAUUUAGCAUCGUUGUCUAGUUUGGUCCUGUGAACAAAGUUCAUUUGGGAAUUACUCAGGGUUGCACAACUUGUGUUCCACCAAAACAAAUUUAGUUUAGCAGGUAGGCCAGUCACAAAAAUUGGGGAGAUUUUUGAGCCAUUAGUAGGCUAUCAUACAUUGUAGGGGGGCCGUGUUCAGCUUGAUGGCAGCUAAAACAAUAAUUUCACAAAUCUCAAGGUGUUCAUGAACAUGAACCAAGGCUUCAGAGUUAAAUGCUUUUUGGCCUGGCUAGUCAUUCUGAAUGUAAUGUCUAUCAUAAAAGACACACCAUGAAAUGUUCUUUAAAAUACAGCAAAGAAGUAAUUAGGCAGUAUUCCUUUCAAGGUGUGUAUAAUCUAAAUUUAUUUUUGUUUUAAAUUUACAAGUUAAUUUAAUUCUCCACACUAUUUAGGGGGUUCCUGAGAGAUUGAGAUGCAAUACUUCUCCAGAGCAUACUGGCAUGUGCCCCAAGAGAUGACUUUUACUUGAUAGGAGAUUCUUAACAUGCAGGAAGAGGCUUCCUCGAAUGACAAAAACUUUCUCCUAGGUGUGAUUCCUUAUUGUAGCCCUGCUCAUUUGACCUCUCUUCUGUUUUGCUUUCCUCCCCGCCCCCUUUUUUUCUUUUGUCUUGCAGAGUGGAUCACUUAAGGAGCCAGAACCAAACAAAGUCCCACCCCAGCGACCACCUCCUCAAGGUUGUUUACAGUACAUUCUCGAUUGUAAUGGCGUUGCAGUAGGACCAAAACAAGUCCAGGCUACUUAAAUUACUGAGACCAAAAGCAAGGGUUAAAGCCAAAAAAAGAGGAAUCAAACAAUACCAGUUUUUGUGCAGUUUUUGCAUUGUUUAAGUGCUGACCUGGACUGUGUUUUUUCUAUGCAGUGUCAACUAUACUGUCUGGUUGUUUAUCUGUUCAUGUUUGUGUUGUAAUGCUUACUUAUGUUUCUCUGUAUAACUUGUGAUUCAGGGCUGUUGUCAACAGUGUACAAGAAUUGUGCCUCUACCAAGUCAGUGAGACUGUUUAUCAUGGAUGGUUAGACAGGUUUUUCUUUCUUUCAAGUAUUCUAUAUUGUGGGGUAAAAAAGACUAACCAGCCCAGGUUGAAAUUUAUAUACUUUUGUUUAACUCUGUGAGUACGUGCAUUAUAUUUGUUUGUUUUUUAAAAAAAAAUGUGCAUGAUUAAUGUAGAAAGGUGAUUAUAAUUUUUUUUUAAGUCUCAUUUAAUAGUAUGUUGAAUGAGGCAUCAUUAACUUUUGAGUUCAUACUUAUAGGCAGUGCUUUUUGUGGUAAAAGAAAAUGAACUCCUGGAAUUCUUCUCUUGAUAAAAGUGCAGGGGGUACCAGCACAAAAUGGCUGCCAAGGGUAGCAAAAAAGAAGUGACAGAAUUCUGUACUGGUUUGUACUGUCACAAAAAAGUACUGCUUAUAGGUAACAUGAAAGACAAGUGCUUUAUUUCAUUUAUUUCCUAUGAAAUAUGAGAGAAUUAUUUCCAGGAAUACAGAAAUAUCCUUUAUUUUCAAUGCAGAUUUUUUUUAUUUUAAAAUCUGCAUUAAAUUAUUAGCCUCAGUGCUAUAAAAACGGGCCACUUACGUGCAAUAUUGAUGCAAAUGUGAGGGUACUGAAUGUAUUUAAGUUCAGUGACAAAGGUUCUCUAGUGGUUAUGAAGUAGCCAUCUGGUCUUGUACAAAACUAAAGCAAGUGUGUUUACUAGAUAUUCCUUAUCUACAAAAUUCAGGUAAGCUACAGCUGUUUGUUAGAGGAAGUCAACAAGGCCAUUAAAAGCCUUGCUAGAUUAAUCAUCACCUUUUCCAAAUAUUGGGCUAGCCACAUGUUUUUUUUUAAGGAUUUAAAAAGUGUGUGGUACAUGGACUCAAUGUGUGGUUGUUCUGUUCUAUAUUAGCUGAGGCUACAGCCAAGUAAUUAAGAUGCAGCUGUCAUCUGAUCUAUCAUUCUGAGCGUAAGCAACAGCAUAUAUGAAAGUAUAUUUAACAUAUGGCUCAGAACAAGUAAAAAGGUUUAGGCUUAGAAGUUCACAUUUAUGACUCAAGUGUGUGUAAAUAAUAAAUCAAAGUGACCCGACGGGUUUUACUUUUCCAAACUUUCUUAUAGCCAUAAUUGCUUAUGACUGUCACAUAACCAAUGGCUAUGUGCAUAAUCUUAAAAGCAAUAUCUAGGCAGGGCAGUUAAACUGUUACGGAAAAUCUAGCCUGUAAACAUUAAAAGGUGCACUAUUAUAAUAGCUGUGAGCAAGGCAAAGGAUUGUGUUUUGUCAAUUAGAAUCCCAUACUAAGGUAAAUAGCAGUCCCUAGGUUAAUACAAACAAGCCUGUUUUCUUGUGAAACAAUGCCAAGGUCUGAAUUUAUUUUCCUUGCAAACACUGCCAACAAAAUUACAGCUCAGUUACCAAGUGGUUUUAUUUGUUCUGUUUUGUUUUUAAAUUCAGGCUAGUGAGCUGCAAAUUUCACGCUGCUUUUGAUGGGAAUUUCAGUGCUUGUUGGGCAUGCCACGGUGUCCUGCCCGUUUUUAGUCUAUUAUAGUAUCAUUCCGCUUUUGUGGUCAUUGUUUCUGGUUAGUGAUCUCUUGAUAACUACACUGAUGAUUUCGAUUGUGUAGAAUGAGUGCAUCCCCUUCAGCCUCAGGUUCACACACGCCCCUCCUCACCUCCAAAUCUCAACCCAAGUGAACAAAACAGCCUCCUGCCCUGAGGUGAAGAAAUGAACCUACUGACUGAAUGCCAUUUAAUAUCAAGCCAUGAGUGUUCCUUUGCAUGUAGUAGUCUGAGUAUUUACAAAUGCUUUUGUGCAUUGUUUACGAGCUCUGUGUGUGCGCGUGUGUGUGCGUGUGUGUGUGCACACGUGUGCCUGCAGACCUCAGAGAAAAAGAGCUGCAUCCCAGCAGGACUUCAGUGCAUUUAUUGCAAAAGGUCUUCGGAGGGGCACACACUGGUUACUUCCUGCCACAGAUAUUAAGCAAGCCAAAAUGUCUCUGCAUGCUAGCAUGCUUAGGUGCAAUAUUGUGGGAUAUAGGGAACUGAUAUUUUGCAGUAUAGGAUUAAUGUCCAGGGGGUUGGUGUGUGUUUGGUUUAUUUUAUUUUCCCCUUUCCUUUUCUUUUUGUAAAAGCUUUUUUAUUAUUGUUGCUGCCUUUUUGUACCAAACGAGCUGCAAGAAAGUGAGCAAAUGCUGAAGUGUGAUUGCAGUAUAUAUUUUGUGAAAUAUCUUGUACAGCUUAAUGUGCAAUAAAAAAAAGUUACAUCUGUCUUCAGUGUAUAGUUUCUGGCAUAUAAGCCUCAAUAUCUAAAUGGAGAGGGCGGGGAAAGUAUUUUCUGCUCAGCAAAGAAAAGCUAAACGAGAAUGUUUGUUUUAGGGUGCAGAACUGAUCUGCCUCAGUAAAGCCACCUAUUCAAAAUUCCACCAGUCUCCUGAAAAUAGGACUGGUUGGUCUUGAACUUACUUCCGAAAAAGACAUAAGCCCUAUACAUGCUGCACGGCAUGUUCAGGAAAUGUGUGAGUGGUGGUGGUGGGGGGUUGGAAUCAUACCUGCUUGCUCCAACUUUGUCCUGCGCAUACCCAGUAUGGCUUUUGAACAAACCUACAUGCAUCGAAAAGCCAAUCUGCAUAUACAGCUUGUUUACAUAGAAAGUCAGCUCUGUUGAAAUCGGUAGGGCGAGGGGCGGAGCCAGCAGGCAUGAUCUCAACUCCUCAUCUACCUAUGAACAGGCGUAGUUUCAUUUGAGUGGAAGUGUCUUACUCCUUGAGUCUAUAAGUCUGCCCUGUUUGCAGUGCACUGAGGCACACAUGGAAUUCCUCCUUAAGAGAGUUUCCCCAUCGCUUUGCUGAAGAGGUCAUUUCUGUGCUUGCACGUGAAUGGGAAAGCCCUUGGAAACAAAUAGCUGAUUAGAAUAGCCCGUGGGACUUAUCCUAAGUCAGGCCAUGGGUGCAUCUAGCUCAGUGUUUGUCUACACUGACCAACAGUGGCCGUCUAGUGUUUCAAUCAGGUCUUGUUCCCUGGAGAUGCCAGGAACUGAGUGUGGGACCUUUGGCAUACAACGCAUAUGCCCUGCCACCGAACCACAAUCCCUCCCUAGCCCAGUGGAAUUUAUCCCCCCCCCCCCGCCAUAUUACCAACAUGGGGCAUGGCUGAUUUUGACGGGAAAUGUCUCAGUUCCCCUUGGGCUCAUGGAACUAAUUUCAUGAUCCUUUGGUUCCAGGCCAAGGAAUUUCAUAAUGCCAGUGUUGGUGCAAUGCUACGCUGUGAUAUAACAGUGGAGUACUUAUCAUAAGCAUUCAUAUGUUGGUGUAAUAAGUCAAGCUAUAAACCCAUUUAAAUGCACCUCAGAACAUUGGACCCUUUAAGAUCACUGUGACUAAAUUGGUUCCCCUUCAGGUAGUCUAGCUUAACUGGUAGCCUUACAAAGGUGAAGCAGAUGGCAUCUGAUGAGAUAUACUCAAUGUACUUUCAAGCACCUGCAGUUCUGUCUCAGCUGCAUACUUAAUAAACAUGGAAAAACACCAGAUUGAUAAUUAAACAGUGGCUACUGCUGUAAGGGCACAUGCUUUGUCUUUUUCAGAAAGGUUCCUCAGGCCCCUCUGAGUAGCCACUGCAUGUGUGUGUGUGCUUCUAUAUGGCAUUUAAAUAAGCAAGAACAACAACAAAAAUCCUAAACAACACCCCCCCCCCGUCUUUAGCAAGAAAUUGUGUUGUUGAUUUACAUUACCAUAUGCAGAACCAUAAAAUACAGCUUUCUUCUAGGCAUAGCUCCCAUUGCAAUGGAGCAGUAAAGAAAUAUUUUUUAGCAUGGAAGUUCAGAAAUAAAAUAGAGAAAUGUUGCAAUUAAUGUAGCUUGUUGUGGGUAGUUAUUGCCCUAUAACAAUCUCAGAAUUUUUUAUUUUUUUAAAGUUACCAUUGCUAAAUUAAUACUUUUUUUAGGGCACCUUGGUAUCAGUGUGGAGGUUUGCAAAUGUGGCGCUUCUGCAAGUUACACGGAAUUAUGGCUAAUGGUAUCAACAGCAAAGAUGUGGCUCGCCUAUCCUAGACACGCUGAACUUUAUUGGUUCCAAGUUUAUAUUUGUAAGUGUUAGAUAUAAGAGCUAGUACAAAAUUACUGAUGCGUUAUGAAGUUUUUCUUGUACUGAACCUAGGGGGCCCAGUGCAACCCCAAGGAAUGCAAUCACAAAGCCAGGAGCCAUUGCAACCACAGCGUGCGUUCCCUCCGGGGCAGUCAGCAAAGCCCUCGAGUUCCCUGCCUCCACGUCCACCAGGCCCUGCAAUUCAACCACGUGCUCAGGCCCCAGGUCCUUCAAGCGCUGGGCCACCUGCGGACACAGAGACGAAACCCUCCACAGCUCCACCGCAGAAACCUCCAGCACAUCCGCAACUGAAGUAAGGCUUUUCGUUUAUUUUCUCCACUCUUGUUUCAUAUGCUUUCCUUUGCCAGUGAGGUUUGAAUACAAUCUGUACAGAUCCCCUGUGGUGGUGGUGGUGUUGUUGUUGCUGUGAGCAUGUAACAUCUUUGCACCAGGUUGACCUGAAGCAGGGAAAUUUCCAACAAAGGCAAUAACAGAUGUUGAAAAAGCUCUCCGGUAAUUUGCAAUACAUGCAGAUUUCUGCUGCCACGAGGCCAAAUUUGAUAAUGGGUCAUCCUCUGUUUCUGCACACCAACCAAAAAGGCACUGACUCAUUUUUGAAUGUGCUGUCUGUAAGUCAGCUGCUGAGGAAAAGAAGGAAGCCUUAUCUACUUAAACUUUUAACCUUUCAGCCACUCAAACAACAGAUUUUCAGUUUAAAAAGGCUACUCCGAAAGUCCAUGAUACAUUUUUCAUCCAUUUUUUUCCCAAAAGCUCCAAAGCUAUAUGUAGACAUGUGUAGGGCUGUACCCAGUCGAUCCAAAUGCAGAAAGAGAAAGACAUACUGUGUAAGGCCAAUAACACAGAAAGAGAGGAAAUUGGCCCUAGUCAGACAUUUGGUACCUCAGACAUUUAAACCAAUGCCAGUCACGUGUUCAGUGCCAGUCUGAAAGAGACUCUUCUACUCAAGUAGGGGGCUUUCCUUGGCAGAACCCUGACUGAUGAGAACCAACCACCUGAAAUGGGCUAUUGUUUGUACCAAAUGCCUGGAUAUAUAACUGUUGGUGGAGCAAGAAAACCAAGUAAUCUGCAGUUACAUCCCACAGCUCUGGCCAUAUUGGAAUCUUACAUAAUGGCAAAGAAUCUUUGCCUACACUAUGUACAGCAGCAGCAAGGAAACAAUAGUAUUAACAGCACAUACGGUCUUGCCAAAUAAUGUGCAGACAGAUUGCAAACUCAAUAUAUAUUUAUCUAUUAUAAAAUGCAUAUCCUGCCUGACGCUAUCCAGCUUUCAACAAGAAUUAACAAUGAACAAUAAGCAAAUUAUGAAAUACAAUAAAUAGCAAAUAAUUAAAACAAUACAAUGCAGUAUCCUUAAUGCACAUGCAAUACAAAUUCUAAAAUGCCUUCAGUUAUGCUUGUAAAUAUUAAAUUCAUGAUUAUUGAACUCUAUACUGCUGUAUAUUUCCCUAUAGGGCAAAUAGCAGCUGGCAGGACAGGAACUUAAAACAUGAAGCAAACACAAUCUAAAAACCCCAACUACAGUUAUUAACUUAAAAAAUGCAAGAGAUCAUUCUCAUGGAUCUCCUACCUUAAUCUCCCCAUUAAUGAGAUUAAGUACAACAGCUUGAAUACUAAGAAAUGUUAACUCAAGAGGAUUCGUGGAAGGAUCAUGUGCCUCUCUGGAAGUUGGGGGGCUUCCUGUAUAGAUAGAGCAUGAUCAGCUGCAUAUUGUUUUCAAAAAAACAACUGAAUUUUUGCCUUCUGAAACAAAAGUGGAAGGAACACGGGGGGAAAUAAAGGAUGACAGACAUGAUUAGCCCAUCAUGUAGAGCUGUUCCAUAAAAAAAGGUAUAUGAACAAAAAAUGUGGCUAUUCUGCAGUAAACACCUACUGUGGAAUCAUGGAAAUGCAAAACAGGGGCAGGUGUGGAGGCGGCAAUGGAAUCUACAUGAAUUGUGUGCCCCCCCCCCAACACUCCUUUCAUUAUUUUCUGAGACCAUCUUAUAUCAUUAGAAUACACAUAGCUAAAGUCUUCGCUAUAUCAACGACUGUAAUAGCAAAAGGAAAAUAAACUUGAAUGAAAUAUUGGCCUGGAACCUUUCUAAUGGAAAUAGUAAAGUGUUUUAUUUCCCUGUUUCAUUUUACCUUUAUUCUCAAAUGAGAUUUUUUUUUAAAAACUCCAUUAUCCAGAGAAAGAGAUUUUGAAAGUCUUCGUCUGUAUCCCAGUCCUAAGCAACUGGGCUAGUGCCAUCUGCCUGCCAUGCCAGAGUAAUACCCCUGGAAAUGCCAACAUAAACCACAGCUUGGGAAGUUGCCCUCCUAACUGAGAUCAGCAUGUCCUAUCCUAAUCCUUUAUUUCCUUUGAUGGGAACGUGUUAGGGUCUUUCCUAACACUUGAAAACUGUAUGCAUGUGGUGUGCCAUUGAGCCUUCCUUAACAGGCUCACAGCCUGAGUCACAGGCUUAUUCCCAUUCAUAUUUUAAUGUUCAAAAUGAAAAAACAAACAUACACAAACUCAAAUUGCCAAUGGGAUUAACUGUACUCUGUGCAUUUGGCAUAUAUGUGCCUUGCAUUCUCACCCACAUGCUCUUGCUUAACAUGUGCGUGCAGGUUAUUAGCCCAUGAACAAAUAUUUAAUUAGGCCGUUCAUUUUUGAGUUGCUAAUCAAGUGAAGCCUUGCUUUGCCUUUCCACCGCCUCCUUUCCGUGAACACAAAACCCAAGUACAAUGCAAACGAGAGAGACAGAACACCACAUGCAGCACCACUGGCUCUGGUUUUCAACCAAGUUUGGGGUUGAAAGCAGAUGUUGCCUUGUGCUGAGACAUAAUACAGGAAGCGCAAGCAGCCUCACAACUUUUUCCUUCUACUAGCCUUAGAUUUUAUAGCAUAACUAAAGCCCAACAGUUUUGCUACUGUCCACACUCUGCAUACCUGCAUUCAGUCAAGUCCUAUCAAAUUAAGAAAUAUUGUUCCAGGGAAAGUCGCUUUAGGUGCCGUUCAGCAGCCAUUUUCUGUUGAGCUGGAUUAUCGAAUCAUAAAACUGUAGAGUUGGAAAGGGACCAUGAGGGUCAUCUAGUCCAACUCCCUGCAAUCCAGGAAUCUUUUGCCUAAUGUGGGGCUCAAACCCACAACCCUGAGCUUAAGAGUCGUAUGCUCUACCAGCUGAGAUAUCCUUACAUUGGAUGCAAUCUAUAAAAAGUAAAGCGUGUUUAAGGCUGUAAUCCUAAACACAUUUACUAGGAAGUAAAUCCCAUUGACAACAAUGGGUCUUACUUCUGAGGAAACAUGCUUAGGAUUGUCCCACACAUCCCACUGAAAUUAAUGUAAACUAAAAUUAAUUAAUUACAUUAAUUAAAAUUAAUGUAAACUAAAAUUAAUUAAGGACUGCACUCCUAACCCUCUGAGAAAUAAAUGCCACUGAAAUGAGUAGAGCAGGUUUCCAAAUAAACAUGGUUAGGAUUAAGCAACAAUUCCAUUCACUUGAAUGGGACUCAAGCACUCAUGUCUCCUAGAAUGUAUGGAGAUAAUUUUUGGUCCAGAAUUUUUUUGUAUGCCCUGAUGGACAAAAUGAUUCAUGUGGAUUUCUGUGACGCCUUCCCCUGCAACGUGUUGCAUUCUGUGUGAAAUAGCCCAGCACAAUGCAUAUACAUUGCCGAACAGCUGGUCAUGGUAGUCAGGUCUGAGUCUGCAUCCAUAUCUCUGCCCAAAACACAUGAUCAUCUGUGACAAAGCUAACAAUGGUGACCAGAGAAGGAGAUAUGGCGGGCAGAGGUCUAUAUGUCCUGCUUCCAUUGUAUGACAUGGUAAACAGAAUUCUGAGGUAUGGCUAUAACAGACAACAUGCAAUGAUGUACAUUUUGCUUUGUUUUUAUCUUGCAGCAAAUCACAGUCUCUGACCAACGCCUUCAACUUCACUGAGUCAUCCUUCUUUCGGUCAUCUGUGAACGAGGACGAAGCAAAAGCUGAAACCAUCCGAAACUUGAGAAAAUCCUUUGCCAGCCUCUUUUCUGAUUAG